AUGGACGAUGCUAGCGACGGUAAAAGCGUGGCUCUGUCGUCGCUAGGCGAUGACGAUCAAAUCGCAGGCCGGACUCGCUCCGGGAGCGCAAGCAGUGGACACAAACGCAGCUCUUCCGGCUCUUUACUUUCCAAGCUCUUCUUUCUGCGGAUGAUCCAGGCCACCCAGAACACCCCCGAGAGAAGCCACUCGGGCCUCGACCGACCCGAUGGCGACGAUCUCGGCGCCAGCCUACGAGGCGGCAGCAGGGCGAUGUCGAGCGCCUUGCAACAUCGCCGGACACGAAGGCGGAGGGGCUCGCUGAGAAAGGCCGCCUUACUGAGCACACGACUCGACUUUCGCGACAAAAAGGCCAACAGAGCUCCGGUCGACGUCUUCCGUGCAGACGAACCCUCUGAACAGCAACAGCACCAGCAGCGCCAACAGUCCCCGCAUCUUUUCCCUCCGCAUACGCACUCGUCGCUAUCCCCAUCCUCCACCACGCCCUUGCGACCGUUGGCAGGGUCCGCUCCCCCCGACCGCGACAUCGCCCCUCACGAAUCAUCGUACCUGGAAACAGCCAAUUCAGGAGAGAGCUCGGGAUGGAACCUGAUGAACGUGCCGCGACGGUCCCUCUCCGCUUCCGCCCCUUCCGCCCCGCGACACCAGCAAAAUGCUUCGAAAGACAGCCUGGGCGAGAUCACCACCGACGAGGAGGAUAUCAUAUUGUUCCCCCGAGUAAAGAACACCAAUGCGGCUGUCGCUGCCGUCGCCGGUUUACAUCUUCCGGCUGCGUCGCCGAGCUCGGAUUCAUACUACGCUCUCCAGGCGGACCCGAAGUAUCGUGCCAUGCACCGUGCGAAAUCGCCUCUUGCGACUCAUCCGACGGACAUGACAACCAGCCAGGAGAUGGUGUGGGAUUACUCGGAGACGGAGUGGUGGGGCUGGAUCAUCUUGAUCGUGACGUGGCUUGUUUUUGUCGUCGGGAUGGGCAGCUGCUUCGGUGUCUGGAGUUGGGCGUGGGAUGUUGGCGAGACUCCGUAUGCGCCCCCGGAGCUGGAGGAUGAUCCGACUCUGCCUAUCGUGGGCUAUUAUCCCGCUUUGAUCAUUCUGACGGCGGUCAUGUCCUGGGUGUGGGUGAUCAUCGCAUGGGUUGGUAUGAAGUAUUUCAAACAUGCCAAUAUAUCCGGGGAAGAUAUAUGA